CCGGCCGCGGGCACCAUGCAGUCUGCGUGUGUGCUGUGCCUCUCCCCGUUCGCCCUGUGCCUCCGCGUGUGCGUCUGCGGCCCCCGCCCCUGCGCGGCCCCCGGCGCCGCAGCAGCGCCCUGCCUCCGGUUCGGGCGGGCGGGGCGCUCGGGGGGGCGGCGGGCGGGACCCCGCGGAACCGCGGGGCACCGACCGCCGCCUAACUCCCCGCACCGCCCGGCGAGGAGGCGGUGCGGCGGUUCCCUCGCCCGGUGCGGCCCAGCCCCUUCUUCCCCGGGCGCCGCCCCUCUCCGCGCCGCCUGUGAGUCAGGGCUUUGCCGGGCACGGGCGGCAGCGGCGGCCGGAGCGGGCGGGCAGCCUCCCCCGCGGGGCUCCAUGGAGAAGGCGGCGGCGAGCGAGGGCGGCGGCAGCAACAGCAGCAGCCGCAGCAGCAGCCGCCCCACGUCGGCAGGCUCGUCCCCCUCGUCCUCCUCCGCCAGCCGCGGGCUCCCGGGCCGGGCGGCGGCCGCGGGGAGGCUGGAUGGAGGCGGGGGGGCCGGCGGAGGCGGCAGCAGCCCCGGCUCGGCGGCGGCCAGCCCGGGGGGCGCGCAGGCGCCCGGCGGCGGCGGCAGGCGGCGGGAGCCGGUGCUGGAAGGGACGCUCAGCAAAUACACCAACCUCCUGCAGGGCUGGCAGAGCAGGUACUUUGUGCUGGACUUUGAGACGGGGAUUCUGCAGUAUUUCGUGAAUGAACAAAGUAAAAACCAGAAGCCAAGAGGAGCCUUGUCUUUAGCUGGAGCUAUAAUAUCGCCCAGUGAUGAAGUGCCACACAUGUUGGUGGUCUACUCUGCUAAUGGAGAGAUGUAUAAGUUAAAAGCUGCUGAUGCAAAGGAGAAACAAUACUGGAUAACUCAGCUUCGAUCCUGUGCCAAACAUCACAAGGAAGGUAAUUCUAAGAACAUUUCAUCGUCACGAAGUAGAAGCUCAUCUCUGCUGCCGCCUGGGACAGUUAAUUCUGCAUCUCCCAGUGGCCAGAAACACAUGAGUCAAAGUGGGCCAACUGUUGUAACCAUCACACAUCACAAAUCACCUGCAGCCGCUCGACGAGCAAAGAGCCAGCGAUCUGGUCAACUCAAUGAAGUCAGAGAGAUCAUGAACCAAGUUGAAGGACAACAGAAGAACCUUGUACAAGCCAUUGAAGCUCUCCCAAGUUCUGGGCCCCUUUCUGCCUUGGAUCAGGACUUGCUACUUUUAAAAGCUACCUCUGCUGCCACCCUGAGCUGCCUUGGAGAAUGCCUGAGUCUAUUACAGCAAAGCAUGCAUCAAGUGGGCCAUCAUCAUAAUAGAACACUGUCAUCAGAAGGUAUCCUGGGAUGGCCUGGGCCCAAGUCACACUCCCAAGAGCAACUGAAAAAUGGUGCCCUCAGCUCCUUAUCAUCUGCUAGUGCCAACAUUACAUGGGCAAUAGUACCAUCUGCAUCCCAGGACGGACAGGCGCUACAACCAAAUACAGAGCAUUCAGCUUCUGAGUUGAUCCUAGUUGAAGAUGAAAUGACAGAUACUGAAGAUAAUGAAGAAGAGGAUUUAGGAGUCAUGGAUGAUCAACGUAGUGUAAUUCUCCAUCUCAUCUCUCAGCUAAAACUUGGCAUGGACCUUACCAGGGUAGUGCUUCCAACAUUUAUUUUGGAGAAAAGAUCCCUGCUGGAGAUGUAUGCAAAUUUCAUGGCCCAUCCAGACCUGUUUUUGUCAAUUGCAGCUGGAGCCACUCCCGAGGAAAGAAUUAUCUGCUUUGUGGAGUAUUAUCUAACAGCUUUUCACGAAGGCCGAAAGGGAGCAGUUGCCAAGAAGCCCUAUAACCCUAUAAUUGGUGAAACCUUUCAUUGCUCGUGGGAUGUGCCUAAAGAUAAAGUGAAAGCAUUCAGAACUAAUGGUGCCUCCACAGUUUCUAAGGACUCAACCAAGGAGUUUGGCCAGGACCAGUCCAUGUGCUACAAGCUGAGGUUUGUAGCUGAACAAGUGUCCCAUCAUCCACCGGUAUCUUGCUUUUAUUGUGAAUGCAAAGAGAAGAAAAUGUGUGUGAACGCUCACGUAUGGACCAAAAGCAAGUUUAUGGGCAUGUCAAUAGGUGUUUCUAUGGUAGGUGAAGGUGUUCUUUACUUGCUGGAACAUGAAGAAGAGUAUGUUUUCACCCUGCCCAGUGCCUAUGCUCGCUCAAUACUUACCAUCCCAUGGGUGGAGCUUGGAGGGAAAGUCAACAUCAGUUGUGCCAGAACAGGCUAUUCCGCCACGGUCACGUUCCACACCAAGCCAUUCUAUGGAGGGAAGGUCCACAGGGUUACUGCUGAAGUGAAACACAAUCCCACGAACACCAUUGUGUGCAAGGCACAGGGAGAAUGGAACGGUACGCUGGAAUUUACUUACAGCAACGGAGACACCAAAGUGAUUGACACCAACAAACUGCCUGUUAUCAGGAAAAAGAUCAGGCCGAUCGCAAAGCAAGGCCCGCUGGAAUCAAGGCGCCUGUGGCAGAACGUCACCAACUCUCUGAAGGAGGGGAACAUUGAUGCAGCCACGGAACACAAGCACUGCCUGGAAGAGAGACAGCGGGCAGAGGAGAGGCAGCGUGCAGCUCUCACAACGCCCUGGAAACCCAAGUAUUUUGUCAAAGAGGGCGAUGGCUGGCUGUACUUGAAUCCUCUCUGGAAGACCCAUUGAUGGCAGAGAGCAGUUGCUCAUAACUUUACCUGAAAGGCAUUAAAAUGAUACAGUAUGUAGCUUCAGGAUGUCAUUGGAUAGGUCCUGUUAUCAGAAGAUCCGCAUGGGAAGCUAUGUACUGUGAAUGAUGCAUCUCAAAAUAACCACGAGCUCGAGUCUAUUCAGGAGCCAUUUUGUGUGUACGGAUACACAGGCACACACGCACACAUCCACCAAUACACACAUAUGUACACACAGUGUGUAUGUGUUUGUGUGUGUAUUAUUUACACUACAUGUAAACAAGUAUAAACACUAACAGCAAUUCAAAGACCUUUUCCUCUAAUUGUUAGGGCACAGAACUCCGGCUGGACUCCGCUGGGGUUCCCGGAGUUGUGUGCUUGCAGGAUCAGGCCCUAUGCUAGUAUUUAAGAAAAUACUUUUUUAGUACUGGUUAAGGUUUUUCUAUUUUUCACUUUUGCCAAAAAUGUUUUGCACUUAAAAUGUGAUGUGUCUCUUAAUGGCAGUUGUUCUGUCUAAAGUCACCGAGUAACUAACUCACUUUGACAUAAGAAUGCUACACUGACAUGACAGUGCGUUCGCUCUCCGGGAUGCCGAUUUAAGGGCAUGUUUCCUGUCACUUACCAGUGUGAAUUUUCUGCCAUCCUGUAAGAAGUAGCAAUACCUUCUCAAGAACGUUGUUCACACUAACCUGUUGUGUCCUCACUCUUUUGUCUGUUCAUAUUUCAGCUGUUUAAUUGAUCUCUGGUCACCUGUGACCAGCUGCUCUGGUAACUUUGAUCUUGCUGUGUAAUGUUUUCUGGCCACUGUCAUGCCAGCACUUCUGGCUUACAUGUUCCGCUAAAUCCCUUCUGGCAGAUGUAGCUGCAGUGUUCCAGCUCAUUCUUGCCUCAGCUCUCCGCCCCCUGUUAAGAGAGGUUUGGCACACCACUGGGCUCUGCCGGGGACACCCUGGUCACAGCCUUUGCCUUUCCAGUGAAACCAUUGCUGAUGUGUUUGGGCUGUGCAGGCAGGAGCCCUGUCCUGGUGUGUCGCUGUGAUGGGCGAGCUUUCCCCACCGGCCCCAAGGUGGGUUCUGUUCACUGCUCUGGAAGAACAGAGCUGGUCUGCUCAGAGCCCUUAAACCGUCUUAGGGCUCCAAGCAGCCCUAUAUUUCAGUUUCUUUGGCUUUUGACCCAAGGGAUUGCUUCUGGAUGAAACAUUUGGAUGAGUAGAGAUGAUAUAACUAGCCUUCUCAGAGAAAUGAUUUUCUGAUGUAAAAGUAACAACUAAGUAUAUUGUUACACUGAGACAAUAACUUUAUUAAUUAAGCAAAUGGGAUACAAUUUGUUUUGUAGAUUAACAAAGUAAAAAAAUCCUGUAGCUUGAUCUUGCUUUGUAAGAUAACCACUGUGACACUGAGAAAGUGGAUUCUAAAAGUUUGUUAAGGCUUUUUUGAUUUUUAGUUCAUAUUUGUUGAAAGUGAAGAUGUUUUUGAGAGAGGUGGCAGCAAAAGGCACAUGUAAAAUGUGCUGACUUCUGCUCAGUGCUUCUUUCCAAAGUGCCCCUAAAGAAACCACUGUAUUUCUAACACACAGUAGCAUGGAUGCCUACCUGUCUGUAGUACUGAUUGAUUUUGUGCCUUUUGUCUGCUUUCUUAAUACACUAACUUAUGCUUUAUAGAUGUUACACAAAGAUACUUAGGUCGAAGCACUGCUCACAUCUGUCCUUGUGCAUCCGGCAUUUUGGUUUUUUGGUAGACGUCAGAAUCUCUUGAGCAACUCAAAAGGCUGAGCAGAGGUGUGUGCACAAGGAAACAUGCCAUUAAUUGUUCCUUUGGACAUAAUAUGUAAUAGAUCUUUACAUUUGAGCUUCAGAUCCCUGUUUAAUGAAGGUGUGGCUCCUUUUUCCUCCUAAAUCCUACUUUAUCUGCUUGUCUGUCCUUUUUUUUUUUUUUGCACAUUAGAAGGAUUCAUGUUCUAAAUUAUUUAAAUCCUGUUUUUUAAAAGAAGUGGACUGUAUGAACUUGGUUUUGUAACUGACACCUUUUUUUUAAAGGAAAAAAAUUAUUUUUUAGGAAUAGUUGAUGUAAUAGUUUUCUGUAACAAAACCAAAAUGAUGCUGUUGUAGUAUUUACUGAACCAAGUAUCAUCAGGAAAAUGUGUACUUUAUCACCUGCAGGAAUUCACUUUAUAAUGGAUCCGCUCAUUUUCUAGAGGUUAGUCUGAUAAGUACCUAGAAGUAUUCCUACUGUUUGUAAUAUCAUCACAAAGAACAAUCGAAAAAGCAGAAUUAAACACAUGGAACAUCCUCCCACAACUCUUUCACACACCAAAGAACAAGACACAUGCUCACUAAAAUAGCCAUUGCAAACCUCUGUGUGUCAGGUGUGCGGGCCUGUGCCACUGAAGGAGUAACCUCUUUCAGCUUUGAUGGUGUGACUGUCGAGGCUACAGAGACGCUGUAGCCUUUCUUUUAAGGAGAAAUCUGAGUAAUUUUCUGCUUGUAAUUUAUUGAAGAUUUUUUUCUGUCUGCAUGGUUGGUUGUUUCUGCAUGCCAAGAACAUUCCUUUGUGCUCUGAUCAAUGUUUUGUUUUGUUCUGAUGCUGUGAAGAGUCCCCUGAUGCCAUUACCACUGUUUCUUUCCCAAAGUAACUUGUGAGACACAAACAUAAAAGCAGUCCUUUCUGAAAAUAUGCCAUCAGCGAGAGAUUCCAGAAUAGGAUUCAAAAGUGUCAUUUUAUUUUUUUGAUAGUUACGUGUUUGGUAUAUUUUACAGGACUGAAAAGUAAAUAUUCAUAAGCCUUAUUCUGUAGGUCAUUCCAAUAGCUGUCUUGGAAUUGCAAGUAAAUACUUUCCUUUUCAAGUAGUCAAUGUACACUGAAUUGUAACGUAAAAACCUCCAUGUACUUCAAUUUUUUUUUUGUGUGCACACCUGUAGAAAGCCUAUGCAACCUUUUUCUUUCUUAAAUUAGAAAUGUUCAGAAGGAAAAUUUAUACCUUUAUCAUUUAAAAGAUGCUCUGGCAGUCUCUUCUGAUUUGCCUUCCUUUCAUAAUUUGUGAAUUUAAAAUGAGAAUGCUCAUGAAUAAAAGAUUUGUUUCAUUUA